CGGCACCUAUUGCAGAUGCAGUACUGCAGGCAAUCCAUGUGUUCAUGGCAAGAUAGCCUGAAUUGCUUAUGCGCGCGGAAGCCAAAAGACAUCAAUGGCACAGCAUCAUGGGCCGUCAGAUCAGAGACGAACGCUCGGAAUCGUAUCUGGAGAAACAGAUAGCGACACUCGCUGCCUUUAAAACUAAACCCACGCAGGUUUCUGAAACUUGGAGGCGGGACGGGAGGACGACGACGCAACGGAAGCGACGCCAGCGGCGGACGCGGCGGCGGCUGCUGCUUCCCCGGCGGUGGCGCGCUCUCCUCCGUCUCCAUUUCUCCGGUAAGGUCUCAGGAACCGCGCGCCGCGCAGCGCCACCGCAGGAGAGGCUCACCGGCGAGCGCAAGCGACCUUCCCUCAGAUCGGAGCUGCAGCGCUUACCCUGCUGUGUCCCGUCUUCGCCUCCCCGAGGGUCACCCACCACUGCCGCUGAUUUCACAAGCUCAACCCUCGUCGGCGGCGUGGUCAGUGUCCCAUGAUCCCCAUCCGCGAUGGACCUGCAAAUGCAAUCCUAAUUGGCCAAAGAAAAAAAAAUCGAAAUCGCCAGACCUGCACCAAAGGCAUGGAUGCGGCGGGCCGCCGCAUCGUUCGCGCGCUCAUCCGGGCCAAUGAUGCGAUGGAGCCUGUGACCGACACAAUCGCCUCCGCCGCCGCCCAUGUCGGCCUCGUCUACGGCGCGAUGGAAGUUGUUCGGGACAUUCGCGUCGUCGUCGGCGGCAUGCUCAGAGUUGCUCGGGGCAGCGGAGAUGGCGGCCAAGCUGAAGCUGCUCCUGCUGUCGACCUCGCCGGCGCGUGCGGGCUGGGCACUUCAACCAGCAGUACUGGAAUGGAGAAUGAACUGACCUGCAGACGAACGACAUCAGAUCAUUGCCAUCAGAAGCUAAACCACGGAAAGGGGAGAAAUGUUCAAUUUGAUGAUCUUCCAGAGGAUGUGAUAUGCUUGAUAUUUUCGAAGCUGCAGCUGAAAGAUCUUGUAAGCACCAGUGUCUUGUCAAGCAAAUGGAAACAUAUGUGGACAAUUUGUCCAACACUAAGAUUUGAUAGCAGUACACUGUGUGGCAGCAACAUGUGCAGUGCAGAACAAUUUACUCAGAAAUUCAUUGACAACGUUAAUGCGGUAUUGCAGCAGCACCGUGGCAAACUGGUUGAAGCACUAGAGAUCAAAAUUGAUUUUAACAGCAGACUGGCUAAUCAUCUCAACAACUGGGUUAGUUUUGCUGUAUCAUCAAAGACAAAGAGCCUGGCUUUUUAUUUACCACAAAACUAUACUUCUAAUGUCUUUUACAUAUUUCCCUUUGAACUUUUGGACGUCAAAACCUUAUCCCGUCUGCAGCAUAUCCAACUUGGCUUUGUAUCUUUAAUAAAGCUACCUUUCCAGUUUAGUGGUUUUCCAAACCUGAAAAAGCUUGACUUGCUCCUGCUGCGUACUACAAGAGAGGACCUUGAAGAUAUGAUAGCAAACUGUCCCAAUCUUGAAUGGUUGAGUUUAAAUAGAUAUACUUGCAAGUUAUUCACUGCCAGAUAACAAAAAUAGAAAUAGAUGCAGUUAAUCUUAAGGCUUUUGUAUACAAAGGAUUUAAGCUGCGUGUUGACUUAAGUGAAGCAAAAGGACUGGAAACUGUAGAUAUUGAAUUCUUUGGUAUAGCUUUAGAUUAUCUUCUUACUGCAAUUCCCAGUGCACUUCCCAGCGUGCAAAAUCUGACUAUUGAAGCUCGCAUUUUACAAGAGUCACCCUGGUUUGUGGAAACUUCAUGCAAGUUUUCUCAGCUCAAGUGCUUAAGGAUGUUGCUGCAUCACCGGUUUAGUGAUAACCGCAAUACUCUCGGCUUGGCUUCCUUUUUGAAGGCUGCCCCUCUCAUUGAACAAUUGGAGCUCGAUGCCAUGUUGAGCUGCUUGUGCACAUUGUGGAAAAUGCACCGGCCUUGGAGGCCUUAACGAUAGAUCGUACACAGAGAAGAGGCCGUCCUUUGCAUGAAUACUCGGCAAGAUUGGCUGGUAUCGCUUCUAGAGGAUACCUUGAUGGGAAAAUUCUGCCU